AGUAAAAUAAAAAUAUAGAUUUAAAAAAAAAAAAAAAAACCUGCUCACGAAGCUGACGUACUUUCUUAACCUGAAAAGUUGCAGGGCUGUUUUUAAUUAUGAGCCAUGACGCGGGAGUUAUGCGAAAGGAAUCGUUUUAAAUAUUUUAUCUCAAAAGCCCAACCCCCCCUUUUCUUCAAACGGUGGAGCGUUCCUGGGUGUGGAUCGCAGCCGGGCAGAGCGAGUCAAACCAGGGGAGUGAACACUGGGGGAAAGCGGCGAAUAUGAGCUAGGGUGUCGGGGAAAACAUUAACAACAAACCGAGAAGGAAGGAAGGAAGGAAGGCAGGCAGGCGGGAGAGGGUCUGGAAAGGGGCAGGAGGAGAUAGGAAAGGAGUAAGCGCUCAGCGUGACGGAAACUGCAAAGAGGCCGAAGAGGUGCGGGCGUCAGCACCAGCAAGCCGACUGAACUGCGGGGACUGGCCGGGGCAGGCGCUCCUCGGGACCGCCGAGAGACUGCAACACAGUGGAUUUGAAACGGACAGCCGUGGGAAAACGCUAGUGAAUAUACAAAGAGGAUUUAUUUUGGAAACACGUUCAGAAGGACAGGCACAAGUGAACAAGACUCGGGCCCGACUUUCCUUUACUGCUUAAAACCCAUUUAUCAGAAAACAGAAACGGCUUGCAUUGUGAUUAUUGUUGUUAUUAUUAUUGAAAACGUCAAAUGUGCAAUAACUAGAAAUGCAAAUGCCGUCAUGUUAACUGGAUGAAAUAUAUACCGUAAAUAGUAUUUAAUUUGUUUAUUUACGGUAUAUAUUUUGUUGUGUGGCAACUAUUUCCUCUUAAUGAGCUACAAACCAAACUCGAAGACAGGAGAGCGGAGUCUCAUCUUUUAAAGCCAGUUUCAAUCGCUUUACUUAAGAGUAUAUAAAACCACCGCCGGUGCAUUAAUACCAUUCGUUUUUCUAUUUUAUUAUUUUUUUGUUUUCUUUGCGGGUGUGAGCGGUGUUUUGCUUAGUUGUUGCGGAUUUCUCAUGGUUUCUCUGGUUGAAUAAUCGCUAGCUGCAGCCUGAGGGUGUGUGUUUGUGUGCUCGCUUCCUGUUUCUUUUUCGCUGGAGGAGAGAGAGUGUGUGUGUGUGUGUUGUUGUUUGUUAUUGAUCAAGGAGAGGGAGGGGGGAGACCGGACUUGUCAUUCGGACCACAACCGAUCAUUAAAAAAAAAAAAACCUGUCGGGGUCUAAGGUCAGCAAUGGACAUCUGUUGACAAAGUUGAAUUACAAACUCCGCAAGAUAUAUAUUGUGUGUGUUAAGUUUAUCUGCCAGGAAGCUAACUCGAUCCGUUCGCUGUUUUUAUAUCUUCGCUAGAAGUGACUGGGCGGGUCAGUGCAGUUCAGAAGAAAUCGAGAAACCCCGGCCAACGUUUUUCUUGUGCCGCUUUCUGCUAACCAUUUCUCCCGUCACCGCAACGCACGCCUAAGAAACCGUACAAGCCGCUUCCAUUAAACUAUGCUGUGUAGACGAAGCGCACAGUGUACUGCCUGUACUCCUAAGCUGUGAAUGAAGUUAUGAUUUCGAUGUCAGCAACCAAAUAAUAAUAAAAACAAGUCUAUAUAUAUUUAUUUUUUCAACGCACAUGCAAAGAAGCGCUGUUGCCUGAACUUCAAGUAAUCGUUUGCCUUAGAGUCCCUGAACACGGAUGAACCGCACAAGCUGAACUUUUGAAAUUUCGGUGCCUUUUUUUUGCCACCGCUGCUCAAACUCAGGAGACAAGACAUCUGUUCAGAUUGGGGGGGAAAAAACUUUACAAACAAACUCACUCGCCUGGACUGCCUUGCUCGUUUCCAGUGGAUGUAUUUGCACGUUUUGUUCCGAAGACUUUUUGACUGUUCUGUUCGGUACUCUCUUAAACGGUCUCCAGUGGAUUGCAGUUUGAUUUGCAUUGCAUUUUAAUUUUUGUGUGUGUCGGGAUACUGUCAACAAUAAACGAUUCCAAUGGUGAUCACCUCUAGUGUGGAAGAGGAGCCGUCUUCUUCCCAGAGAAGGCUGGCAAUGCUACAGACAAAAUGGACCGGCAACCAGGAGCCCAGCCGCUAUCUCCCCCCGUCCCAUCUGCUUAGGAAGAACUCCAGAAGUGGAAGCAGCUCAGGAUGCAAGCCCUCCUCCUCCUCCCUCUGCCUGCCUGCUGCCUUGGGCGUCUCGCCCGCUGAGGCAACCAUGUCGAGCCAGCAGAGCCACCCCUCCUUCAGCAACAUCCACUCCAUGGCCGACCAGCAGCAGGUGCUGUCAGACAUGACGAUAUUACAGAGGAGGAUCCCCCCAACCUUUCGUGACCCGGCCUCUGCACCCCUCCGAAAACUCUCGGUGGAUCUCAUAAAGACUUACAAGCACAUCAACGAGGUGUACUACACAAAGAAGAAGCGGCGUGCCCAGCAUGUGCCCCCGGAGGACUCGAGCACUAAGAAGGAGCGGAAGGUGUACAACGACGGUUACGAUGAUGACAACUACGACUACAUUGUGAAGAACGGGGAGAAGUGGCUGGACCGCUACGAGAUCGACUCGCUCAUCGGCAAGGGCUCCUUCGGGCAGGUGGUGAAGGCGUACGACCAUCAUGAGCAGGAGUGGGUGGCCAUCAAGAUCAUCAAGAACAAGAAAGCCUUCCUGAACCAAGCCCAGAUUGAGCUGCGUCUGCUGGAGCUCAUGAACAAACACGACACGGAGAUGAAAUACUACAUCGUCCACUUGAAACGUCACUUCAUGUUCCGUAAUCACCUCUGCCUGGUGUUUGAGCUGCUCUCCUAUAACCUGUACGACCUUCUGCGCAACACCAACUUCCGCGGCGUCUCCCUUAACCUGACGCGCAAGUUCGCCCAGCAGCUGUGCACGGCCCUGCUGUUCCUGGCCACGCCGGAGCUCAGCAUCAUCCACUGCGACCUCAAGCCCGAAAACAUUCUGCUGUGCAACCCCAAGCGCAGCGCCAUCAAGAUCGUCGACUUUGGCAGCUCCUGCCAGCUCGGACAGAGGAUCUACCAGUACAUCCAGAGCCGGUUUUACCGCUCUCCAGAGGUACUGCUAGGCAUGCCGUAUGACCUGGCCAUCGACAUGUGGUCCCUGGGCUGCAUCCUGGUGGAGAUGCACACAGGGGAGCCCCUCUUCAGUGGUUCCAACGAGGUGGAUCAGAUGAAUAAGAUAGUGGAGGUCCUGGGAGUCCCUCCCUCCCACAUGCUCGACCAGGCUCCCAAAGCCAGGAAGUACUUCGACAAGCUGUCCGAAGGCCUCUGGACGGUCAAGAAGAAUAAGGACAUAAAGAAGGUACUUUAUCCAUCGGCCUCCGAGUACAAGCCUCCAGCCACCCGCAGGCUGCACGAGAUCCUGGGAGUGGAAACUGGGGGUCCUGGAGGCCGGCGGGCGGGGGAACAGGGCCACGCCCCCUGCGACUACCUGAAAUUCAAGGACCUCAUCCUGCGCAUGCUGGACUACGACCCCAAGACCCGCAUCACCCCCUUUUACGCACUGCAGCACAACUUCUUCAAGAAGACCACCGACGAAGGGACGAACACUAGCAGCAGCACGUCCACCAGUCCAGCCAUGGACCACAGCCACUCCACCAGUACCACCAGCUCCGUCUCCAGCUCAGGUGGAUCGAGUGGCUCCUCCAAUGAUAACCGGAAUUACCGAUAUAGUAAUCGAUACUACAACAGCGCUGUCACUCACACGGACUACGAGAUGCAGAGCCCACAGGCUCCCUCUCAGCAGCAGAUGAGGCUGUGGCCGGGCGGUGACGGGCAAAUCCCCAACAGCGACUCCUACCCCCAGCUGCUCCUGCACAAGCCAGCCGCCACCCAGCAGCCACGCCACUACCCCUCUGUGCUGGUGGGCGGCGGUGGAGGAGGACUGACCAUCAUCGAGCCCCACCAUCCGCACCCCGUCUACGGGCACCAUGGCAACGGGCGCCAGCUCCGGCAGCAGCAGCAGCAGCUGAUGCCAAUCUCUUCCCCUCAGAUCCCAGACUCCAUCGAGCUGAGCCUCGCUCAUCACCACCACCACCUGGCCCCUUCUUCCAUCCACCAUCCGCCCACCCUGCCCCCCAGCCUGGACUCCAGCCAGUACGGCUCUUCCAACCUGCACCUGGGUCUCUCUGCCUUCCGGACUAGGACAGUGGUAGCCCCUCCCCAGGACAGUGUGGUGGCCACCUCGGGGCUGAGCUACCCCCCUUACCCCAGCUCCAGCUCCAGCAGCAGCAGCAGCAGCAGCAACAACAACAACCCUCUCCAGGUCGGCAUAGUCGGCAGCUCUCUGGCGGGGCUGCCCCGAAACAGCCGCUCCGACUCGGAGGAAUCGGCCAUGGUGGGGGUGUGCGGGGGGGGCGGCGGACCCUCGCAGAGCGCGGCCGCUAGCUCUUGAUGACUCUAGAACAACUGCAUAAAGCCAUACAGUUAAAAAUGAUGGAGUAAAACAAACAGAGGCACGCAGAUAUACAGGCACACGGAGACCACGUAAAGGACGAA